AUGGCCUCUGUGACAGCAAGCUACAUAUGUUGCCUGUUUCUGAUCAGACUCUUGACUCCUCAAUGUGUAGGAGCUGUAUCUGCAGCCAAGAUGUGCAUUGAGGUCACAGCCAACGUAACCUACAACUGUGGAGACCUGGGACUUAAAGAGAUCCCUGAAAGUCUUCCAUUUACCACAAAAUUUCUUGACUUCUGUUUUAACUUUCUACCUGACCUCCAAAACUCAACUUUCAGCAGGCUCAGAGACCUUGUCUACUUGGAUUUAACCAGGUGUGAAAUUAACUGGGUUCAUGAAGAUGCUUUUCAAAACAAUAAUUAUCUGAGCACCAUUGUACUGACUGGAAAUCCCCUGAUAUUUAUAGCAGACACAGCUUUUGAGGGUCCUAAGGCCCUAAAACAUCUCACCUUUACCCAAACAGGCUUGACCAGCAUCACAUUUAUUCCAAUGCAGAAUUUGGAAAACUUGGAAACCCUCCAUCUUGGUAGCAAUCAUCUUUCAUCCAUUCAACUCCCUUCAACGUUUCCCACCCAUAACCUAAAAGUCUUGGACUUGGAACUGAAUGCCAUACAUCACAUCAAUAAAAAGGAUGUAACAUCCUUGAAACAGACAACCAACUUAACCCUUAACUUGAAGGGUAAUAAUAUUUGGGACAUUGAGGAUGGGGCUUUCCAUUCCAUGACCUUCCAAAACUUGAAUUUUGGAGGGAUCAAUGAUGUUUCCAUAGUGUUAAAUGGGCUGAAAAAUUCCACCACUCACACUCUCUGGCUUGGGACCUAUCAAGAUGUAAACAAUCUAAAUAUAAGCCCAGCCAUGCUGCAAGGGCUCUGCAAUAUGUCAGUGGAAGUCCUCAACCUCCAGGCUCGCUUUUUCUCAGAGUCAGCUGCCAUCUUUCAGUGCUUCUCUGGACUCCAAGAGUUGGAUCUGACUCACAGUCACUGGCACAGUUUGCCCACUGGCAUUGAGGGAAUGAAUCAGCUCAAGAAAUUAGUGUUGAAUCAAAACCGAAUUGACAAUUUGUGCCAAAUCAAUGCUGCCAGCUUCCCCUCCCUUACUCAUCUUUAUGUUAAAGGCAACUUACACAAGCUGGACUUGGGCACAGGCUGCUUAGAGAAACUAAAAGACCUCCUGCACCUGGAUUUAAGCCACAGUCAAGUUGACACAGCCUCCUGCUGUAAUAGUCAGCUGAGGAACCUAUCUCAUCUACAGCAUCUGAACUUGAGCUAUAAUGACCCACAUUAUCUCCAACCUGAGGCUUUCGGAGAAUGCCCUCAGCUGGAGCUUUUGGAUUUUGCCUUUACACAUCUUCAUACUGAUGCUUCCCCGAGUCCUUUCCAAAAUCUCCAUCUCCUCAGGGUCCUGAAUCUCUCUAACUGCUUCCUUGAGACCCAAAAUCCUCAGCUCCUGGUGGGUCUGCAAGGCCUUUGGCAUCUAGACCUGAGUGGGAAUUCCUUUCCCUCUGGGAUUCUCACAAAGGGCAACCUGCUUCAUCCUUUGGCCAGCUUGGAGGUCCUCAUUCUAUCGUCCUGUGGUCUAACAGCCCUAGAACAGCAGGCAUUUGGAAGUCUUGACAAACUCAGGUAUCUGGACCUGCAGCACAACAGCCUAACAGAGUCUGGCUUGGCAGCUCUUAGCGAGCUCAAGGAAAUCCACCUCAACCUGGCAGCCAACAGUAUACGUAUCAUUCCACCUGGUCUUCUCUCUGCCUUCUCCCAGCAGAGGAUCAUUAAUUUAAGUCACAACCCCCUAGACUGUACUUGUUCCAAUAUUAACUUUCUGAAGUGGUUCAGGGAAAAUCUGCAUAAAAUUUCAGAUUCUGAAGACACAACAUGUGCGGAUCCACCACCUCUAAAAGGGGUGAAGCUGUCCAAUAUAACCCUCUCCUGUGCUCUUUCAGGGGUGGGAAUCUUCUUUGUGGUGUUCUUUGUUUUAAUGCUCAUAGUUAUGUUCAUUGUCUUAGCCCGACGCUGUGUAAUUGGUAAAUACCAAAACAUUUAGGUCUGAAGGAUUCCAACACAGGCAGCCACACUGGCUGACCUUCCCCUAAGAGGGUGUCCACUUCCUACUUCCCCUAACCAGCCUUUUCAGCUUGAUUCCUGAGUCCAGUGGCAAUUAGAUACCUUUUUUUUCCUUUUUUCUUUGGUGGUAGUGGUGGUAGAGUUGAGCUCUGUGCUCUGUUAGACAAUAAGAGGACUGGUGGUGGUGGAGUGAGCUGGACAGAUACUACUUAGAGAAUAAAGUCGUGUUGGUUGCCUGCCAUCUUGCCUCCAUUCUUCUUCCACCAAUGAGGCUCAAGAUGUGGCUCUUUGGUUCCCCCUGCUGGUUUCUCAAUACCCCCACUUCUCUCCAAACCUGA